CCUAAAAACAUGGCUCUUGCACACCCAGUUCGGCUCCUUGCCUGCCGGUUACUCCUGGUGCCUAGACGGGAGCUGACAGUGGGCAAUCCCGAUGAACCCCUGCCAGUAGUGAGAAUUCCGCGGAGCCUACGGCGGCGGCAUGAACAGUCGCAAAACAGGCGUCAGAACACCCCGCGACCAGUGCUUGUGAGACCUGGACCACUGCUAGUCUCGGCGCGGAGGCCAGAGUUGAACCAGCCCGCACGUCUCACGUUGGGCCGUUGGGAGUGUGCACCGCUCGCCUCACGUGGCUGGAGGCACAGGCUCUCGCGUCGGGAUUAUUUCUCCAUCGAACCAGCGCAACACGAGCCACCAGCGCUGCGGAACCUCUCAUCAGUUUGCAGCUUCGAGGACCUUGGUCUGGAUUCCCGUCUGCUGCAUGCACUGCAGGAGGCUGUGCCCGAAGUCGUUCGGCCCACAACUGUACAGUCAAGUACCAUCCCCUCACUGCUUCGCGGCCGCCACGUCCUCUGUGCUGCGGAAACCGGCAGUGGCAAGACUCUCAGCUACCUACUACCGCUGCUUCAACGGCUCAUAGGCCAGCCACACCUGGAUUCCCACCAUAUCUUCACACCCCGAGGACUGGUGCUUGUUCCUUCGCGAGAAUUAGCCGAGCAGGUACAGGCUGUGGCCCAGCUGUUGGGCAGCUCUUUGGGCCUGCAGGUGCAGCAGCUUGCGGGAGGCCAUGGCGUGGGGAAGAUCAGGGUGCAGCUAUCGAAACAGCCGUCGGCAGAUGUGUUAGUCGCCACUCCAGGAGCUCUGUGGAAAGCUCUGAAAGGUCAACUAGUUAGACUGGAGCAGCUCUCCUUCAUGGUGUUGGACGAGGCAGACACGCUGUUGGAUGAAAGCUUCCUAGAACUGGUGGACUACAUCUUGGGAAAGAGCCAUAUAGCCGAAGGCCCAGCUGACUUAGACGACAUCUUCAACCCCAAAGCUCAGUUAGUGCUGGUGGGAGCCACCUUUCCUGAAGGUGUAGGACACUUGCUGAGUAAAGUCACCAACCCAGACUCUGUAACCACCAUCACCAGCACCAAGCUUCACUGUAUCAUGCCUCAUGUCAGACAGACAUUUAUGAGGCUGAAAGGAGCAGACAAAGUAACAGAGUUGGUGCACAUCCUCAAGCAGCGUAACAAAAAAGACAAGACUGGACCCUCUGGAACUGUCCUAGUGUUUUGUAACAGCUCCAGCACUGUCAACUGGCUGGGGUAUAUUUUAGAUGAUCACAAAAUCCAGCACUUAAGGCUGCAGGGGGAAAUGCCAGCUUCCAUGAGGGUAGGUAUCUUUCAGCGUUUUCAGAAGGGCUCCCAAGACUUACUUCUCUGCACAGACAUAGCUUCUCGGGGCCUGGACAGCACCCAUGUGGAGCUGGUUGUCAAUUAUGAUUUCCCCCUCACCCUGCAGGAUUAUAUCCACAGAGCAGGGAGGGUGGGUCGUGUGGGAAGUGAUGUGCCAGGCACCGUCAUGAGCUUUGUGACCCAUCCCUGGGACGUGAGCCUGGUGCAGAAGAUUGAGCUUGCAGCUCGUCGAAAGAGAAGCCUACCGGGACUGGUAUCCUCAGUGAAAGAGACUUUACCUCAGAAAGCUUGAUGUGGGCUGAGUUAAGUGUGAUGCUAGAGCAGUGAUCUUUUCUCAAGGUCCUUGGUGGGUGAACACGUGUCGGGUUUGUUCAUGGCAAGCUGCUUGUGGCUUUGAAAGGUAAACUGCUGGCUGGGAUUGGAGGGUUUUCACCUGACACAAGAAAACUAAAGUGGAUUUGGGGGUUUUAUUUUGUAUCAUGUUAUGAUUUCUAAAAAUAGAUGAUCUUUGUAUGGGCUCCCUUUUCAAAACUUACCAUCUGGGCAGAAUUCAGUGGAUUUUGAAGAUGAGCAGUCCAGCCACCACUUAGAGGUCAGAUGCCCUUUAAUCAUGUUUUAUUUUUCCAUUGUUGAUUUUUUUGGAGGGAGUGGCAUUUGUUUUGGUUGGUUGGUUUUAUGAUGUUAGCGUUGAAUAAACAUUACCACUGAGGUGUA